AGCGUAAAACCUCCUCCUCCUCCUCUCUCUCUGCAGCAUAGCACCGGCGCUCCAGAGGGGAUACAGCCGGGAAACAUAGGCACAAGUCCCGCUGCAAGAGAAGAUCACUCCACAGAUCGCUAUAUACUGCAGCUUCAUUAAUCCAUCAUGCAGUCUCAGUUAUUCGCCGUAGACUUUAUACUUCUGUGCAUGUCAUAUGGUGCCAGUGCAUUGUCCAGCACCAUCCCCGCAGCCUCAGGGUCUCUGUCGGGGAAUAACUUCACCUCCGCGACUCAAAGCUCCGGGACAGACUCCUCCAGCUUCUCCAGGAGCCGGAGGAAGCGCUUUAUCAGCCAGAAUGACAUGCUCGCUAUUCUUGACUACCACAACAAAGUGAGAGGGAAGGUGUUUCCCCCCGCAGCCAACAUGGAGUACAUGGUGUGGGACGACACCCUGGCGAAGACCUCUGAGGACUGGGCCCACGCCUGCCUGUGGGAGCACGGCCCGUCCCACCUCCUCCGGUUCCUGGGUCAGAACCUCUCAGUGAGGACAGGACGGUGAGUGACCUCUGACCC